AUGGUCACCUGCAAGGUGGACUCCCAAUCCGUGGUGGCCGUUCCCAAAAUGAACGCGGCCCGGUCUCGUGGCAAACCCACCGGCGGCAGUCACAGCAACAGCCACUCUUCCGGCUUUCGGCUCCUGGACGGCGAUCAGCUCGAAAAUAAUUCGAGUGUCAGCCGCAAUUCGAUUUACAAACUAAAGAUCGAUCUCAUGUUCGACGAUUCCAGAUCCAUGCGAAGCAGCCGCCUUGACGAUCCCCGCGGAUCGCAUCGCACUCGCUCCAUCAUCAUGUAUGGGCGCAGUGAGUUGGCCAGCACCAGUGGCGACACGCCACGCUCCCUCAGCAGCUUCCUCCAGGACAAUGGACAGUCGGCCAAGGUGCUGGCCGAGGCGGCCAAGAAGGAUGUGCAGCGGAUCAGCAACAGUGUGCAGGCCCAGAUCGAGCAGCUUUUCACGGACGUGGCUAAGGAUGCUACCAGUAGCUUCGAGGUUACCUGCCUGGGCGCCCUACCGCUGAAGGACAAGGUGACCAGCCUGCAGGGUCUCCAAGAGCCACUGCGUCAGCUAUAUCUAAGCGAGGUGACCAAGAAGAAGCUGAACUCGGGAUCGCUGGAUAUCUGUGCCACCGGACUGCGGGUAAAGAUCAGCACCCUCUCCAUAGCUUGUGGAGCGGAUGGUUCGGAGGAAGGCGAGGCCCUCAUCACGCCCUUCCACAACAUAGCCGUGUGGUCGGCGGUGAAGUUCGUCAUUUCUGACGACGAUGGUGGCGCGGCCUUUCUACCCCUGAUAACCGAUCCGGAAAACAUAGACAAGACUGCCCUGUUCCAGCCAUUGAGCUCCAGCGAGCAACUGGCGGUGGAGCACAGCAUCCAUGUGCAUGCACCCAUCUUUGCGGUGGUCAUGCGCUCGGCCAACUCGCCCAAGGUGCUCGAGUGCCAUGGUUUUAUCUGCAAGAGCACCGAGGAUGCCAUUGUGAUCGCAGCCACGCUCUACCAGAGCCUGAUGGCCCACGUGAGCACCAGUUCGCGGCGGAACACUCCGCGAAGAGCUCCCCGUCAGCAAAAUGGUGUCAGCUGCAUUAGCAUUGCGAGCAGCUCGGCCCUCGCGAGCUCCAACUAUCUAUCCCGCUCCCAGAUUGUGCCUAGCGCCAACGGAAGGCGUAGCUCCUUUCGGGGGAGCACCAGCGUGGCAGGAACUCCCUCCCGCUCGGGAAGAAAGAAGCGGAUAUCGAGUAGCUCCUUGAGCUCCCACAGUAAUGUCAUCAACGAGGCCGCUGAGCUGGAGACCUCCACAGAGGAGCGUCGUCGCAAAUCUCACAAGUCCAAGAGGGCUCCACCAGUGCCGACGACAGUGCCCGGUUCGGGAGGUCACCGAAACGGAGGUGGUGGCACCCCCUCCCGCAGUGGCAGCAUUGUGUGCGGCAAUGGUCACGUGACCCGCUUGCAUCAGGGUGCACAUUCCGGCAAGAAAGCCUCUUCUGGGCCAGACCUCUCGUCGAGCGUGGACGUGGCACCAGUCAAUGGAGACAUACUCACACGAGUGGCCAUUCCCAGAUCUGGAAGCUUCCUCAACACCGGUGGUCUGACGCGCUACAAAUCGCGGGCUGCGAGGCGGCAUUCCGGCAAACUCGGCGGCGGUGGCGGAGGCGGAGGAGGGUUUGGCCUGGUUGAUUGGCAUCGCUUGAAUUGUGCUUCUAGUUCCCCACUUGGUUUCAGCGAGCUGUUUAACGAAUUUCGACUGCACGAGAACCUGCACUCGCUGGACGACAUCCUGUACGCCAUCAUCGAUGCCGACGGUAUGUCCUUUAACGACCUGAAGCCCAUCUACAAGGAAUUCCUGCUCAAGCUGGCCGUGACCCUCACCCAGGACGAGCUCUUUCAGCGCUCCAAGAACAUAAUGCGGCGACAGAAGAAAAAGAAGCAGAAGCGCAAGGCGAGUGUCAAUGGUUCACAGAAGAAGCCAAAGACUAGUUUCUUUGGAACCAAGAGCCUGAAGAAGGUCUUCCAGCUGGGUCAGUUCCGUUCCUGCCGCGGAAAGCUCGCCAAGCCGGCUGUUAAGGCCAAAGAGGGCAGCCUGGACAAACGCAAGAUCAGUGCGCCCAUCAUCAUUGGCCCACCCAUCAGCCAUGCGCAGCAACAGCAUCAAAGGAACAGGGCGGCCACCAGUGGCUCCGACGUCUCCGUAGUAAGGAACGAGCAUACCCAGGGACUCAAUCGGAAUAGCAGCAGCGGGUACGUGUCCUGUUCGGAGUGCAGCUACGACUCCGAGUCCUGUGCCUGUGCCUCGGCCGAUCGCUGCUAUUGCAGCCUGCGCACCGAGCACCUGAACCACAAGCUGCGCCAGAAAAACGAACGUAACAUGGCACUGGCCUCGCCCACCCGGAAGCCAUCAGCAAAUCAAAGUGGAACCGGAACUACGGCCACCAACCGGCACUCGCUGAUCUCUUGCCGUUCAGACGACAAGUGCUACUGUUCAAUGGUGGAGGAGGAGCCGGCCAGUUCUCUGGAGCGCGACUCAGCCAAUAAUACGCACACGGACACGACCACGUCCUGCGAUUCUGACAGUUGUGUGAGUGCCAGCAAGUGCUACUGCAAGCGCACCCAGCGCCGACAGCGUUCCUCGGCGGCGGCAGCCAUCAGUGAGGAUUCCCUAUCCCAACAACAGCGCAAGUCCCGUCCAGGAGGGGCAAGUGGGGCUCCGCGAAAGACCAAGCCCUCGGAGAAACUGGGCUUAGACUACGAGCUCUUCAACAUCAGCGGUAGCGGGCAGCCGGUGCAGCCCCAUGAGGCUCUCAGCGUAAAGAAGAGCGUGGAGGCGGCAGCUGUGUUUGCUGAUAUGAAACUCAGUCAGACGACGGACAUCAAGAGCUUGUGCCCGCCAAAGGGGGCGGUAACAGCGGGACUGGGAUCCCGGUUGGGCAAUGGCAGCUGUCGAUCGCAAGCCUCCUCCAGAAGGUCCUCGUACCGUACCCGAGAGUCCUUCAGCACGGAUCGCUUGGGCGGAGGCCUACCCCUGGCCAUGCCUCUGGGCAAGAGCAUAGGCUUGGCAGGAGGCGGUAGCGCAGACAAUCUGCUGGCCAACAUCAAGGCCAUGGAGGCCAAGGCAGCCUCCAUUCGUAGCAGCGCCAGCAGGAGCCGCAUGGGCAGCUACCAGUCGAUGCGGGCAGUGAGUGCCUCCCUGGAGGACUCGCUGGGUUACUUGCCAUAG